AUCGCAGACGAUUUGUUUGCAUUGAUUAGUAGGAAUAUCUAUUACAAUACUUUUUAGUUUUCGGACAUUAUUUCGACUUUCUUGUACAUUUUCCUUUCUGUAGUCCAAUGUGUUGACUCUGAAUUUGGCUACAUAUGUAAGAUGAGGAUAGUAGAGUGGUUUCAAGACCUUGGAAAGGCUGAACAAGUUGCUUUUGUCCUGAGUGGAGUAGCGGUUGUUGCAACCGCGUACGGAGCGUAUAGCUUCUACAAWUCGAAAGAGUCGAGCGAUAUGUCCUCUUUUGACGAGAGCGACGAAGAAGCAGGAAUACCGGAAAAGAAAAUUCUAGUUCUCGGUCUGGAAGGAGCUGGAAAGACGGUUUUCUUAUCAGCUUUAUCACAACCCGAGUCAACUGAUCGCAGAGAGACAACCAAGCCGACUGAAGGUUUCCAUGUUGUAUGUCUGAGUACUGAUGGAUUCAGUUUAAACAUAUGGGAAAUUGGUGGCUCUAAGAAGGACUACUGGCCAAACUUCAUAGGAGAUACCAAUCUUCUAGUGUAUGUAGUCGAUUCCACUGACACUGCUAAAUUUGAAGAAGCYAAGAAAGCUCUUCAUUGUCUACUGGGUGAAUAUAGACUUCAUGGGAUCCCUGUGCUUCUUGUAACUACCAAGAAUGAUAAGUCAGGUGCCAAGACUUUAGGUGAAGUACAGUCAGCUAUGGGACUUGACAGUAAGCUACCUUCAGAGUCAAAGGUUAGRGCUGUUAAGAUUCAGGUGAAGGAUGAUGGUUGCUGUGAAGGACUAGAUGAAGCAAGAGGGUUAAUAUUGCAGCUUUGUAAAUAAUCUUUAAGUACAGUAACAAUCRUUUUAAGAGCCUAGAAGCUGUCCAGUAAGUCUGUUUUUUUAAGUGCAAUGAAUGAAAAGAUGGAGUUUGCAGUAAAGCAGGGGGUGUUUUCUGUUUUCACUGCUUCAUUCUACUGCUCACUGGUUUUCACUUGUGCAAGACUGUUACAUGUACUUUUGUAGGAAAAACCAUGCUUUCCUGUUUAUUUGCAAGUCCUCAAGUCCUGAUUUUGAACUGUUUUGUGGCUUGAAUUSCUGUUCGGUCAACAUUUUCAAUGAGCACUCAUUGACAAUAAAUAGUUMAUUCUGAGUUUUAGUAAGCCUCAAUCGAACAGUUCUCUGCAAUUGCACUGGUUAUAAUUCUAAUUUUAGAUAUUCAAGGAUUAUCAUUAAAGUCGUUUGAAAAGAUCCGUGAGCACCUAAUUUAUGUAUGGAAUGUUGGCAUCUCAUUUUACUCAAUAUGGGGUUCCUGUGGUUGAUUGCACUGCCUGGUAGCUUCAUGCACAUGGUGCUAUUUGGUGUUGAUAAGAACAAUGGAAGAUGCUGAAAGUUUAAAAUACAUCCUAUAUCGAUUUGAAACAGAUUUGUCAUUUCUUAGUAUUAAUGAAUAAUACUACGUAAAAAGCUAAGCUAGCUCCUAUAAAACUCCUAUAUAUUGGGAAAAAUCCUAUAUCUUACUAUAUUUAGAAAUUG